AAGUACUAAAACCCGCUCGGCGCGGGCCGGCGGGAGUUUAUACGUUGGCUGGCUGGUGGGAUGGCAGAUGAGGAAGAAGACCCCACAUUUGAGGAAGAAAAUGAAGAAAUUGGAGGAGGUGCAGAAGGUGGGCAGGGUAAAAGAAAGAGACUUUUUUCUAAAGAAUUACGGUGUAUGAUGUAUGGAUUUGGAGAUGACCAGAAUCCUUAUACAGAGUCAGUGGAUAUUCUUGAAGACCUUGUCAUAGAGUUCAUCACUGAAAUGACUCACAAAGCAAUGUCAAUUGGAAGACAAGGUCGAGUACAAGUUGAAGAUAUCGUCUUCUUGAUUCGAAAGGACCCAAGGAAGUUUGCUAGGGUUAAAGACUUACUUACUAUGAAUGAAGAAUUGAAACGAGCUAGAAAAGCAUUUGAUGAAGCAAACUACGGAUCUUGAUACUUUCUGUACUUUCUGAAGCUUCCUUAUCUUCUGGGGCAACUAUGUAUAAUAACUGCAUUUUUCCUAUAGUGGGGUACUGAUAUCUAACCAUGAAAAUGAAAGUUGGAGAAACACAGUUUUCAGCCUUACUUUUCAUAUCUUCUAUUUUAGAGUAUUUGAGCAUUUAAUUUCCUGCCUUUGUAUUGCCAUACUUGAAUUACUUAUUGGUUUGGUUUAAUAACCAUAGGUAAGUUUAAAAUACUUUGCAAUUCAUGUAAUUCUUUCUGAUUUUUUACUUAUCUAGAUAAUGAAGUAUAUUUAUGUGUUAGGUGUCUUUUUGCCAUUGUAGGCUAUAUUGUAGCUGUUUAAUAUGUGACACCUAAAUGGCACUUUUGAUCCUCUGGUAACUGAAACGUGUUAUGUUUUCUCAAAUUUCUAAACAAAAGUAGUCUGUGAGAUUAAUAAUGACAGUUAACUGGUUUGUGUUUCUCUUAAGUAGAAGGUGAUAUAGGAAAAUAUAGUUUUUUUUUUUUUUUUUUGGAGAGGUUUUAAAUAUCACAUUCAAUGUAUUAAAUAGUUAUAGGGCUCUUUAGGUUAUCAUGAGUAAGUUUUGGUAGUAUGUAUUUUUUUUUGGAAAAUAUAGUCUUUUUAAAGAAUGUUUAAGUGUCUUAAAUGGUCAUUUUUUUUAAUUUUCUUCAGAUAGCAGGAGGGUUUUUUGUGUUUUUUUUUUGUUUUUUUUUUUAAGAAACUGAAAAAUGUAAGACACUUAAACUUAAAAAUGCCUCAGUGUUGGAAAGCUUUUUUGAUUUAGAACCUUUGGGGCUGAUACAUACUACUUGUCAAGUUUUAGGAGAGUUGAUUUUCCCAGAUCAGAUUAAAGCUUCUAAAAAUAAUUGCUUUCAGUAGCAUGAGUGGCAUUACUUAAAAAGCUGAUGGCAGGAUAAGCAUUUGGGGUAGUGUGUUUCUUAACAUAUUUGUUAGUACUUGUUCAUUGUGGAAAUGUGUACUUGACUAAAAUCAUAUGUGGCCGUGGAAACCAGUUGUAGUUUGGGAGAUACAGGUUGUGUGUGUAUUUAGGUAUGUUGUAUUAAAUUAUUAUUGCACUUAGCUUAAAAUAAGGAUUGAUAUUGCAUUUAAAGGGAUCACAAUGUUACUGUCUGUGAAACUAUUUUGUGUGCUGCUGAUUCACAUUAUCUAUGAAUCAGUACUUGGGAAAAUACUACUUUCUAAACCUAUUGAUGCAGGGAAUAAAGUAUGAAAAAUUGAACAGAUCAAUGUUUGAAUUUGACUAUGUGAUUUAUCAGCUUUUUUCCCCAGACUAGUGUGAACAUUACUGGGAAUAUGGUAAAAACGUUUUCUGUCUUUUUGUAAAAA